AUGGCUCCUCGAACGAAAAAAGUCGUGCGUAAAACACGACGCGACCAAACGGAAAUCAGUCGAUGUAUUAAAUACUUAAUGUUUGGCUUCAAUAUUCUCUUUUGGAUCCUUGGAUUUAUGAUUGCUGCCAUUGGCAUCUAUGCUUGGAUUGAAAAGGACACAUUCGACAACUUUGGUCGUUUAACAAUGGGUGGAACGUUAUUCUUCGAUCCUGCCUUACUGUUCGUCCUUGUAGGAAUAUUCAUGUUCUGUAUUGGAUUUACUGGCUGUGUUGGAUCAUUACGAGAAAAUACAUGUUUAUUACUUUUCUUCAGUUUUGCUUUGGCAGUUAUCUUCUUUAUCCAACUUGCGUUUGGUACAUUAGUUUUCAUUUAUCGUGAAAAGGUUAAAAACGAAGGCGAAAAGCAAUUGAUGAUCAUGAUUCAAAGUUAUCGUGAUGAUCCUGAUUUACAGAAUAUGAUCGAUUGGAUCCAACGUGAUUGGUUACAUUGCUGUGGAGUGAACAAUUAUCGUAAUUGGGAAAGUAAUGUCUACUUUAAUUGUUCAUCGAAAAUUGUUGGAAGUGUCGAAGCGUGUGGUGUGCCGGCGAGUUGCUGUCGCGUUGAAUAUUUUCAUAAUAACAAGCAAUGUGGAUAUGGAACGUUGGAACCGUCGGCAGCUACACAUAUGAUCUAUACAGAAGGUUGUUUACCAAAAGCUUCACACUGGUUUGAACGACAUAUUCUCCCCGUCGCAAUAGUUGUUGCUGUUCUUGCUGUUUUACAAAUACUCGGUAUUUGUUUCGCUCAAAACCUACGCAACGAUAUUCUCGCUCAGAAAGCAAAAUGGUCGUGGCAUACACAUCCAAUGAUGAAUUACUAUCGACAUCAGUGA